AUGCCGUAUCUACCUACCUCGCAGGAAUACCUAGAGCAGUCAGCGCUCCUGCUGCACGCCUAUCCCGACACGACUCGAAUAACAACAAAAUACUCCUACCCCACCUCCAAAAAAUCCUCCACCGCACAGCCCACCUCCGCACAGUCAAAACCCUCCGCGCCAGAUGCCUCGACAACACCGACACAGAAGCAAACGCAAUCGCAAUCGCAAUCACAAUCACAAUCACAAACGACUGCAACCCUAACCCUCAAAACCUUCCAUCCGACCAGCGGCAUCUGCCUUAAAUAUCGCACGAACAAAGCUGCGGAAAUCGGCCGGCUAAUCGCAGGCCUAGGGAAAUUGGCGAGCGGCGCGCCAGAUGCUGAGACGGCGGUAGCAGCGGUCACGGGCGCGGAUGCGGCCGUGGCCGCGGCCAGCAGUGUCGGCAUGGCGGGGGAUGCGGAGAUGGUAGAUGCGUCUGCGCAUGCAGCCACGCCGGGACCUGGCACCGUUGCUGGAGGGAAGGGAUCUAGUGGCAACGGUGGAGGUAAAUCAAAGAAGAAGACCAAGGGGAAGAAGUAG